CUACAAAAUCAGUCAUUAAGCUACUGAGAUCCAGAGUUCAUCGGCGCAACUCCACUUGUUCAUCGUGCUACAGCCUGACACAGGCACAGCAUCGAUCGCAUAAGGACGAAGGUCAAGAUGGUUCGCUGCCCGGAUAACGGAUGUGUUUCUGUAUCGUCAAAGAAAAAGACAACUUAAGAGGUUUGCUAUUCGAGGCAUCAAAGAGCAACCUAAACGCAAGUACAACAGAGAGGACCAGUCGCGGAAUGUCCGCAUCCCGUCUGUUUCCUUGCGAUCGAGCAUCCCGGAGACCCACUGGCAGUCGAUGCUCAACGUGCGAAUUAAAGGGACGGGAGGUCCCAAAUCUUUUGAUUUGUUCAAGUGUCUUCUGACUGACUCCUCCUGUGCUACCCGGAGACCAUGUGGCCAAGCCCCCAGGGGUUGAUACUACCAAUACCAGCAGAGGAACUCUAUAUAAAGCCUGACAUAAUUUGGAGGAACAGUUGCUGAGAAUUCGGGGCUUACAAGUGUGGAACACAUCGAAAGACACAAGUAAUAAUGUCUCACGCCUGGGGUUAUGGACCAAAUGACGGGCCAGAAAAAUGGGCAGAAGGCUUUCCCAAUGCAAAUGGACCCAGGCAGUCUCCUAUUGAUAUCGUACCCACCCAAGCACAACAUGACCCUUCUCUGAAGAGUCUUAAAUUGAAGUAUGACCCCGCCACCGCUAAGGGCAUCCUCAACAAUGGCCAUUCAUUCCAAGUGGAUUUCACUGAUGACGACAACAGCUCAACUCUGGCUGGAGGCCCUGUGACAGGGGUUUACAGGUUGAAACAGUUCCAUUUCCAUUGGGGAAGCAGUGAUGACAAGGGCUCAGAGCAUACUAUUGCUGGAACCAAGUUCCCCUGUGAGCUUCAUCUCGUUCACUGGAACACCAAGUACCCUAACUUUGGAGAAGCUGCCAGUAAGCCCGAUGGCCUUGCUGUGGUUGGAGUUUUUCUCAAGAUUGGUGCUGCCAAUCCAAGACUUCAGAAAGUUCUAGAUGCUCUGGAUGACAUCAAAUCAAAGGGCAGACAGACUACAUUUGCCAACUUUGACCCUAAAACCUUGCUGCCACAAUCACUGGAUUUCUGGACUUAUGAAGGGUCUCUGACCACACCCCCUUUGCUGGAGAGUGUCAUGUGGAUUGUUCUGAAAGAGCCAAUCAGUGUUAGUCCUGCUCAGAUGGCUAAAUUCCGUAGCCUGCUGUUCACACCGGAAGGAGAGUCACCUUGCCCCAUGGUUGACAACUUCAGACCCCCUCAACCUCUCAAGGGACGUAAAGUCCGUGCAUCCUUCAAAUAAAUUGCAGCAUCGAAGCCACAACCCUCCCACUUGCCUUCUGAUAAUGGUGCUUUUGACUGGUUCACAAAAACAUUCCUAGUGAAAUUGGUACUGAAACAUCACAGUAUUUGUUCUCAAUCCAGGCCCUUGCUUACAUUGCAGUGUUUAUAACAAGAAAGCUGGAUAUAAUCUUCUUAAACUGUUUUAAGAAGAUAAACUGUCUGUUUGUCAUAAAUGCCUAAGUGCUUAAACAGUGGUUAGUUACCUACAUUUCCCUGGACAAAUGGGAAAAAAAAUCAAUCCCAAUUACGUUUUGAUUGCUUCACUUUGCGCUUUUUCUAGCUUUGCCGGAAUUGCACUAUAUUUCAAUAGGAAAGACAUUAUGGUUCUGUUUGGGUUUAUGGCAAUGUGUGAAUAUUUCAGUUUGUGUGAAUGACCAGAUGAGUUGAAACUGAACUACCUACAGAAAACCAGUUACUAAAUGCAAUUUGUUGUUGUGAAAUGCGAAGUAAUUUACUAAGAGGGAUUUGCUUAAUCGCUCCUAAGAAUGAUGUUACAUGAUGAUCUGCAGUAGGUAUAAUAAAGAUUUAUUAGAAUUUAAAGUUAAUUGAGCAGUAUUGCAAACAAAUAUUAUAUGUAAAUUAGUCAUGUAUUAGAAAUUUUAUCAGCAUUAAAUGAAUAUAUAUUUAAA